AUGAGAAGUAGUAAAGAGCAGAUCCGUGGCUACAAAUUGUUUCGAGAAAAACUUUUUGAUAAUGAAAGAGAAGGAGGUUUUGGUUGGAUUCGUGGUGUUCUAAUUCGUUGUAUUCUUUGUAUUUUUGGAGCUACACUUUUCUUAAGAAUGUCUUGGAUUGUUGGCCAAGCUGGAUUAAUUCUGGGUAUUUUUGUAAUAAUUCUCUCUUUUAUUGUUGUUAUUAUUACUGCAAUUUCCAUGUCGGCAAUAGCAACAAAUGGAGAAGUUAAAAGUGGUGGUUGUUAUUAUUUAAUUUCUCGUUCAUUGGGGCCUGAAUUUGGUGGAAGUAUUGGAUUAAUACUUUAUGUAGCUAAUACUGUUAAUGCUUCAAUGAAUUGUGUCGGUUUAGCAGAAGCUUGUGUUGAAGUUUUAAAAAAUUCUUUUAAUUUUUCUUUAAUUGAUGGAGGGAUAAAUGAUGUUAGAAUUUAUGCUUCUUUAAUUUGUUUGAUUUUACAAUUAAUUAUAUUUGUUGGAACUGAAUUUGAAAAUAGAAUGCAGUUAGCUUUAUUAGGGACUAUUUGUUUAACUCUUAUAAGUCAUUUAAUUGGAACAUUUUUACCUUUAAAUGAAUAUCAACUUAAAAGAGGAAUUGUUGGAUAUUCUUUGGCUGCUCUUUUUGACAAUUUGGGGCCAGAAUUUAGAAAUGUUCCCGAUGCUAUUUAUGGAAGUUUUAAUUGGGCUUCUAUUGGGAUUAUACACAUGUUUGGAAUUUAUUUUCCAGCAAUGACUGGAAUUAUGGCCGGGGCGAAUAUGUCUGGCGAUCUUCGAGAUCCAUCAAAAUCUAUCCCAAAAGGAACAUUUUGUGCUAUCGGAAUUACUACACUUGCUUAUGGAUGGUGUAUGGUAAUUACAGCAUUAACUACAGUCAGAGAUGCUACAGGAAAUUCAUUACCAGAAUUUGAUAAAUAUUUAAAUCGUUUUAUUCCCCCAGAAUGCCGUUUAAAUGAUACUUGUCAUUUUGGAUUGGCUAAUGAUUAUCAAGCUUUAUGUGCUGAUAAACUUUUCCCUUUAAUUCACCCAUUUGCUAAAGGAAAUGGAAAAAAUAAUGAUCCUUUUCGUGCUUAUUUUCUUACACUUUUAAUAGCUUUAUCAGUUAUUAUGAUUGGAGAGCUUAAUCCAAUUGCCGAUUUAAUCUCAAAUUUUUUUCUUGCCGCAUUUGCAAUAACUAAUUUUGCUUGUUUUGAUGCUUCUAUAGCUAAAUCUCCUGGUUUUCGUCCAGGCUUUCGAUUUUACAAUAAAUGGCUUUCUUUGUUUGGAUCAUUUAUGCUAAAUUGGUUAACUUCUCUUGUAACAUUUUUUGUAUUUUUUCUUCUCUUUGUUUUUAUUAAAUAUAACAAAUCUCACAUUAAUUGGGGUACUUCAACAGAUGCAAAUCGUUAUCGUCGAGCACUUAAUUCUUUAUUAAAAAUUUCGAGAACAGAAGAUCAUGUCAAAAAUUAUAGGCCCCAAUUACUUGUUUUAACUGGAAAUCCUGUUGCUAGACAAGCCCUUGUAGAUUUUGCUUAUUGUAUUUCUAAUGGAAGAAGUCUUCUUCUUUGUGGACAUGUAACCCCUCACCAAUCCUCAGUCCAAGCAACAGAUUUAAUUCGAAAAUUAAAUAAUAGGCUAGAAAAUAUUUUCUUUAAAUUAAAUUUUCUUUUUUUAAAGAUUUACUGA